GGUAGUGACACGGGGUGGGGGGAGGAGGGAAUGCUGAGCCGGACACCGGGUAAGGAGAUCAGACAGCGCUGCUCUACCACCUGCACACUGCAGCACCACCACUACCCAGAGCUGACCCCGGCCAGCUUUGUCUCCAGGUAACAUGUGUGACCAGACCUUUUUAGUGAACGUGUUUGGCUCCUGUGACAAAUGCUUCAAACAGAGACCUCUGAGACCGGUUUUCAAGAAAUCCCAACAGCUCAACUAUUGCUCGCAAUGCGCAGAAAUCAUGGCCUCAGACGGGCUGCAUGAGAGCGAGACGCUGGCGGCGCUGCGCAGCGAGGCGGAGAGCCUGAAGGGCAAGCUGGAGGAGGAGCGCGCCAAGCUGCACGACGUGGAGCUGCGACAGGUGGCAGAGCGGGUGGAGGCCCUGGGCCAGUUUGUCAUGAAGACCAGGCGGACCCUCAAAGGCCACGGGAACAAGGUGCUGUGCAUGGAUUGGUGCCGGGACAAGAGGCGGAUUGUGAGCUCCUCCCAGGACGGGAAGGUCAUCGUCUGGGAUUCCUUCACCACCAACAAGGAGCACGCGGUGACCAUGCCCUGCACCUGGGUGAUGGCCUGCGCCUACGCCCCGUCGGGAUGCGCCAUCGCCUGCGGGGGCCUGGAUAACAAAUGCUCCGUGUAUCCACUGACGUUUGACAAGAAUGAGAACAUGGCGGCCAAGAAGAAGUCGGUGGCCAUGCACACCAACUACCUGUCGGCCUGCAGCUUCACCAACUCCGACAUGCAGAUCCUGACGGCCAGUGGGGACGGAACAUGCGCGCUGUGGGAUGUGGAGAGCGGGCAGCUGCUGCAGAGCUUCCACGGGCACGGGGCCGACGUGCUGUGCCUGGACCUGGCGCCCUCGGAGACUGGGAAUACUUUUGUAUCUGGGGGCUGUGACAAGAAGGCCAUGGUAUGGGACAUGCGCUCCGGCCAGUGUGUGCAGGCCUUCGAGACCCACGAGUCUGACAUCAACAGUGUCCGGUACUACCCCAGCGGGGACGCCUUCGCCUCGGGCUCCGAUGACGCCACGUGUCGCCUCUAUGACCUCCGGGCGGACAGGGAAGUGGCCAUCUACUCCAAGGAGAGCAUUAUCUUUGGAGCGUCCAGCGUGGACUUCUCCCUCAGCGGCCGCCUGCUCUUUGCGGGCUACAACGAUUACACCAUCAACGUGUGGGACGUGCUCAAAGGCGUGCGCGUCUCCAUCCUGUUCGGGCAUGAGAACCGCGUCAGCACCCUGCGCGUGUCCCCCGACGGCACGGCCUUCUGCUCAGGGUCCUGGGACCACACCCUGAGGGUCUGGGCUUAGUCCUCCCCGAGGCGUAGCAGAUGCGACAGAAGCUGGCAGCGGCACGCCGGGACCCGUGGCUUGCGAGGAGCUCAGUUCCUUGCAGCCUGCUUGAGGAUGGGCUCCAGUGUCACCUCCGAGCCACCACCCCCAAUCCGUGCGCCUCUAGCACUGCGCCAGCAACUUGCACGGCAGUGCUGCUCACACUAGGCACUAGAAGUGUGUCUGUUUCUAGGGUUAUUUCGACUUUAUUAGUAGAGUCACUGUUACCCCAGAAGCCGGCUCUUGGGGUGUUCUACGAAGCUUCCUGGUCCAUGGGGUGUGCCUAGACCCAGCAUGGCGUCUCUAGGAGACGCAGAGUCCAAUUCCAAAUGUAACCAGACAGACAGCAUCGCUUUUAUAAAUGUUUCACACUCGAGGGGCUGAGGCAGGAGGAUCGUUGCGAGUUCGAGACCAGCUUGGGCUACAAAGUGAGUCAAGGCCGGCCUGACCUGCACAGUGAGACCCUGUCUCAAAAAGAACAAACAAAAACGUGUUUCUUCGUGAAAUUUGUCUUUCAAGUGAGCUCUUCCUUGUCUUUGCCUGACGAAACUGUCCGUGUACACUAUGAAAGAGAAAGCCGAAACAGUCAUAAAGUACCCAAGCAGUGUGGCCCCCAGGCAGUGGGUGGGUUUGCAGGGGCCCUGAGUUCUGUAGACAGCCACUUCCUUCAGGAGCUUCUGAGAGCAAACUCCACAUUGCAGCGGAUCAGGCCAGGUAUGUAGCACUCACCUGAGAUCUCAGCGCUCAGGAGGCUGAGGCAGGCAGAUUUCUGGAAGAUUGAGGCCAGCCCAGGCUAUGUACUAGACCCUGUUUCAAAAACCCCACAGUAAUAAUAAUUGCAGUGAAUAAACGCUGAUGAGUAUUAGUACAAAUAAGUCGAAGUGGCUGCUGUCUGUGUCAGUUACAUCUGUGCGACUGAGCUGUGACAGUGUACACAGGUGGAUGGGUAGGUCUCAAACAGUGACGUCCUGGCUUCUCCCACCGCAAAAGGAAAUAGGAUCAAAAGAGCACCCUGCCUUUAUUUAAAAUUCACUGAUUCCUUCCAGGCAAUGUCAGGAGCUGUUUAUUAUAGAAACUUUCAUUUCCUCUUAACUUUUUGAGGGGCAUAAGUAGGUCUUGUGGGCUUCUCAGGGCCUGGAAUGUUGGGGUGUCCUAGAGUUCUGGGUUGUGGCCCUGACUAUGCCUGGUGUUCCAGGUCACACCCAGUUCACCCCACCAAGCCCCUGCUCUUCAGGGUAGGGGCCGGGUUUGUGGAUGGAACGGGGGUUGGGUUACACCCUGUGGGGACUGCACGGGGACAUCCGGAAUAAACUGCGUUUUGUGCACUGAAAAUAA